UAUCUAUGUUUGCAAAGAGACGAGAGCAUUGGACGAGACUGCUGUCUGUUGAUAUUAGUAAAAACUUGAAAAUGGAAAACGAUUGCCUUGAAAGUUUAAUCUUAAAGUUACAUGAUGUUCAGGCCGUGAAAUUCGGAACGUUCACGCUGAAGAGCGGAAUAACAUCGCCGAUUUAUUUUGAUCUCAGAGUUAUUGUUUCCUACCCCUCGCUUAUGAACCAGGUAUCAAUGUAUCUUUACCAACGCGCCAAAGAUGAGGACUUGAAAUACAACUCACUGUGUGGUGUACCAUACACUGCUCUGCCCCUGGCUACAAUCAUUUGCUCCAAACACGAGCUGCCUAUGCUGAUCCGAAGAAAAGAAGCCAAAGACUAUGGAACUAAGAAGAUUAUAGAGGGGACCAUUCACCCUGGAGACACUUGUCUGAUCAUCGAGGAUGUCGUGACCAGCGGCAGCAGCGUCAUGGAGACGGCACUGGUGCUUCAGGCGGAGGGUUUAAAGGUCACCGAUACCAUCGUACUGAUGGACAGGGAGCAGGGAGGUAGGGCCAUGCUGGCCAAGAAGGGCAUCGCGCUCCACUCCGUCAUCUCCGUCACCAAACUCCUCGACGUUCUGCUCCAGGCGGACCGCAUCGAUUAUCCCACCGCCCAGAGCGUGCGCAGGUUCAUCCAGGAGAACAACACCUACAAGCCCUCAGGGGAGGAGGAGAAGAACGGCUCACCUGUGGCUAAGAAGCCCGGCAAGCUGGCGGAGUUGACCUAUGGCGAUAGGGCCCAGCUCCGAACCACACACCCUCUGGCUGCCCAGCUCUUCAGGUUGAUGGAGGAGAAGAAGACCAACCUGUGUGUGUCGGCGGACGUGACAGGCUGCGAGGAUCUGCUGCAGCUGGCUGACUCUCUGGGGCCUCAGAUGUGCGUGCUGAAGACUCACGUGGACAUCCUGCGGGACUUCAGCCCAGCCUUCAUCCAGCCCCUCAAGGACCUGGCCCACAAACACAACUUCCUCAUCUUUGAGGACCGCAAGUUUGCUGACAUCGGGAACACGGUCAAGCACCAGUAUGAAGGUGGGCUCUACCAGAUCGCCUCGUGGUCUCAUAUGGUGAAUGCACAUGCGGUGCCAGGCCCUGGGGUGGUAGAGGGGCUCAGUGUGGUGGGCCUCCCACUGGACCGCGGCUGUCUCCUCAUAGCUCAGAUGAGCUCCCAGGGUUCCCUAGCAACAGGGGACUACACGCAGGCUGUGGUGAAAAUGGCUGAGGAGCACUCUGACUUUGUGUUUGGGUUCAUCUCUGGCUCCAAGAUCAGCAGCAAGCCUGAAUUCCUACAUAUGACUCCAGGGGUACAGAUGCAGUCAGAGGGAGACGGUCUUGGCCAGCAGUACUCCAGUCCUGAUGAUGUGAUCUAUAAAAAAGAAUCGGACGUCAUCAUUGUUGGCCGUGGUAUCCUGGGGGCCUCUGAUAGGGUGAAGGCUGCCACAGAGUACAGAGAGGCCGGCUGGAACGCCUACGUCAAGAGACUCGCCGCGUCAAGACAAUGAAAAGUCAAACAAUGGGGGGGGGGGGGGGGUUGCACCCUAUUCCCCGCAUAGUGCACUACUUUUGACUAGAACCCUAUGGGAUUUGGUCAAAAGUAGUACACUAUAGUGCUAUGGAUGCCAUUUGGGCUACAGGCAGACUAGAGCAGGCGCCACAUCGACAAUGUGAAACCAUGAUUAUUCCCUCCAAACAGCUGCUGGGGCCUGUUCUUACUCUUAGGGCUUCUCGUUAUAACCCUCGCUUGCUAAAUCACUUGAACUGCGACAAUGCUCAUCUUUGGCAACAGGGACACAUUUCAGGAUUCCCCCCCCCACCCUCAGUGUUAUUUGUACAUGAUCAUUUUGAAACAUUUCAAAUAGGAUUAUUUGUGUUAACCAAUAAUAUGGAACUGUGAAAUGAAUUCAGUAGAUGCAUUGGGCUGUAAUGAUCGGUGUUCUUUGAAGUCACAACUCUAGCCUAGGAUUCUGUUCCUUUGCCUCAAGGGCAGUUUCUAUAGAAGAACACGGUGGAUGCUUGGGAUGCUAUCUUUGUGAUGGAGAACUGUGGAGAGAUUCAGUUGACCAAACAAUCCUUGGCAUUGUGUAUUGGUUCAUCGACAUUACAACAAUCACGUGUUCACAACAGUAGUUAUUUGAAGCCAAUGUGUGACGAACCACGUUAGUCCAUAAACCUCUAGUGGUUCCGGGUGAUGUGCCGGGUGUACGCUGUACCCUAAUCAUUAAUAAACAGUGUGAAUGUGCAUGGCGUGUUUCAGUUAUGGGA